AUGUCAUCCAAUAGAGAAUGGAUGUACACUUUGCGCGCGAAAAAUGGUAUAUUCAAUCCGGUAUUUCGACAACAUGUCAAUUAUUUCUUGGAUUUUGCAUACACCAACGCAACUAACAUCAAACGUAAAAUUAUAAAAGGGCUAGAGGUUUUUCAAAUUAGAUGUCCGUGUUCCAAAUGCAAAAAUCGUUUUUUCAAGGAGAGAGAGUUGGUUGAGUUUGAUAUAUAUAAAAGUGGAUUCAUGGAUAAUUAUUUUGUAUGGUAUGCACAUGGCGAGUCAUUACCUACACAUGAUGUGGGACAAUGUUCAAACCCUGUAUCAUCUCAACGUGUGCGUCAACGCAUAGACAGUGAAAUGGCUCAAGACAUUAAUGACGAUUUAGGUGAAUAUACCAGAUAUGAGCAAAUGGUUAUGGAGAGCAUGCAUCACAAUAUUGAUACUUAUUAUCAGCAAGGGCCACAAGACCCAAAUCAAUCAGCUGAGAAAUUCUAUACCAUGUUAAGGCUUGCAAACGAGCCUUUAUGGGACGGGUCUGAAAAAGCUUCCACACUAUGCACCACCACCAGAUUAUUGAAUUGGAAAUCAGAAUGCAAUGUUUCUGACUCAACAUUUAAUAAACUACUUCCAAUAUUCAAAGAUAGUAUACCCGGUGGUGAGAAGGUACCUACAAACUUUUACGAGACAAAGAAAAUGUUGAAGCCAUUAGAGUUGCCGUCAGAAAGGAUUCAUGUAUGCAUAAAUCAUUGCAUGAUAUUCAAUGGGAAAAAUUCUGAUAUGGAGCGUUGUAGAGUAUGUCAUGAAAGCAGAUACAAUGAUAGAGGGGCGCCUAAUUUAGUCAUGACGUACAUGCCGAUUGGACCAAGACUUCAAAGAUUAUUCUAUUCAAAAAAGACGGCCCAACAUAUGACUUGGCAUGCAGAUCAUCGUAGACAACCAGGAAAGAUGAUACAUCCUAGUGAAGGUCAGGCUUGGAACCAUUUUGACUCGAUCUUUCCUGAUUUUGCACGAGAGACGCGUAAUGUUCGUCUCGGGUUGUGUACUGAUGGGUUUAGUCCAAAUAAUUCAAACACGACCCCGUAUUCAUGUUGGCCAGUGUUUAUUACGGUUUACAACCUCCCUCCUUGGUUGGCCUUGAAAGAGCAGUACAUACAAAUUCCUGUGCUCAUUCUUGGUCCGAACAAUCCGGGACAAAAUUUGGACGUGUUUUUACAACCUCUAAUAGACGAGCUGAAAAUGUUGUUCAAGGAUGGAAUUGAAACUUAUGAUGCAUACCGAAGGAGCAAUUUCCAAAUGAAAGCCGUAUUGCUAUGGACAAUUAGUGAUUUCCCAGCUUAUGGAAUGUUGUCUGGAUGGAGCACGCAUGGUAAGUUAGCUUGCCCAUAUUGUUCGGCUGAAGCAGGAGCAUUCCAACUUCAUUUUGGAGGGAAACCAUGUUGGUUUGACUGUCAUAGACAGUUUCUUCCUGUUGGACACAAGUUCCUAAAAGAUAAGAUAAACUUUCGGAAAAAUAGAACGGUUAAAAGAGCAACACUAUCAAAUCCAACAGGAGAGGAGAUUUGGCAGACUAUCCAACAUUUUCCUACCGUUUAUGAAGGCACCCCCUUUAAUACGACAUAUAAAAAACCAGAUGGUUUUGGAGUUAAACAUAAUUGGGUAAAGAGAAGCAUCUUUUGGGAGCUACCAUAUUGGUGCAAAUUGUUGAUCCGACACAAUUUCGAUGUGAUGCAUAUCGAGAAAAACUUUUUUGAGAAUCUAUUUCACACAAGUAUGGGCACCUCCAAAUCUAAAGACAAUAUAAAGGCAAGGCAAGACAUUGAGGUUCUUUGUGACCGGCCUCUAUUAAACCCCUAUUAUGAUACCAAUGGAAAGAUGACCAAAGAUAGGGGAAAUUACACUCUGGAAAGAAGUAACGUUAAAAAAGUUUGUGCAUGGUUAAAAAAGCUCAAAUUUCCAGACGGGUAUGCUUCAAACAUAGGGAAUUGUGUAAACAUCAAAGAUUAUAGUUUUUAUGGUUUCAAAAGCCAUGACUGUCACGUGUUUAUGCAACGGUUGCUUCCACUUGCUAUAAGAGGGUUUGUUCCAAAAGAGAUAUACGAGGCAAUAACAGAGUUGUGCACAUUCUUUCGAGUCUUAUGCUCGAAAACGUUGCAUCUAGAUGACUUAAAUAACAUGAAGCACACUAUUGUUCAAACCAUCUGCAAGUUGGAGCAAAUAUUCCCUCCUGGCUUCUUUGAUUCCAUGGAGCACCUAGUCAUACAUCUAGCUGAUGAAGCUAUUCUUGGUGGUCCAGUGCAAUAUAGAUGGAUGUACCAAUACGAAAGGAAACUUGGUUUGAUAAAAAGAAGAAUUAGAAACAAAGCAAGGGUUGAGGGUUCAAUCGUCAGGGAACAUCUAAUGAAUGAAAUCUCUACCUAUUGUUCUCUAUACUUUUCUCAGACGAUUGAGACACGUCAUAAUCGAGAGCCUCGUAAUUUUGCACCACAACAUCCUAGCUCUUCGAUUGGAGACUCCCAAAUAAGCGUGUUUGUCUUUCCAUCGAGAAGGUUAUAUGAAAAAGGUGGAAAAAAAAGACUUCUAACUCCUCAAGAACUUGAUAAAGCGCAUACCUAUAUUCUACUAAAUUGUGAGGAAGUCACCCCAUAUGUCAUCGCGUUCGAUGAAGUGGCGCCACAAAUGUAUCCGGAUGAACCAAUUUCGUGUCUAAGAGAUAAAUACUUUGCCAAAUGGUUUAAAAAUCGUGUAAUGAUAGACUCACAUGAAGGAAACCGUAACGGUAAACGUUUGGAAAUCUUAUCAAGGAAACCAUCGCGGAAUGCUAAAUCUCACAAUGGGUACUUUGUAAAUGGUUAUAAGUUCCAUACGCAGGAAUAUGGUAAGGGACGUGUGACUAAUAAUUAUGGAGUAUGUGUGAGAGGGGAGACGUACAACGCCGAGGAGUCUGACUAUUACGACUUAGUGGACGAGAUACUAGAGCUUGAGUAUCGUGGUAACGGGCCUUCAACUGUUGUAAUGUUUAAAUGUCUUUGGUUUGAUAACAACCGCGGUGUAGUAGUUAACACAAAUAAGCUUGUUGAUGUUAAACACAAGUCCCGGCUUCAAACUGACGACCCGUUUAUCUUGGCAUCACAAGCAGAACAAGUGUUCUAUACACCAUACCCUUGUGUGAAUAAUGAAACAAAAGAUAUAUGGGCGGUUGUUAAGACAAAACCAAGAGGGGUAUAUGAAGGAAUCGAACCUGAAGCUAAAGUUGCGGACGAUGAAAACAUAGAAGCAGAUGGAUUAUUUCAGAUCGAUGAACGGUUUGAGUUACCGAAUGACGUAACUAGUGAAAGCCUAUGCCUAACACACACAAAUCCAACCGGUGAGGAUGAAGAAUUUGAAGUUGAAGAAUAUACAAGCGAUGAAGCAGAUGAAAUGGAUUUUUCUGACCACGAUUCAGACGAAAAUGAACUUGAUUGUUAG